AUGGACACCAUCUUCAACUCCCGAUGCUUGCAGAAGACACACAACAUUAUGAAAGACUCAUACCACCCUGCCAACUAUCUGUUUGAACUGCUGCCCUCAGGGAAAUGUUACAGUGUGAGUAAGAGAUUUGAGAAAGACAAACAGUACCACAGCAAGGAUGCGAAGAAGCCAGCGGCGAAGGCUGCUGCCCCUAAAGCCAAGAAGGCUGCUGACAAGAAGCCUGCCGCCACCGUCAAGAUGGCUACCCCAAAGAAAGCCAAGAAGAAGAACAACAAGAAGACCUCCUUACUGUCCACCAGUGCCAAAAGGAUUCAGAAGGAAUUGGCAGACAUCACACUGGACCCUCUGCCAAAUUGCAGCGCCGGGCCCAAGGGAGACAACAUCUAUGAGUGGCGCUCCACCAUCCUGGGACCCCCGGGCUCCGUGUACGAGGGAGGAGUCUUCUUCCUGGACAUCGCUUUCACGCCAGACUACCCCUUCAAACCCCCAAAGGUGACGUUUCGCACAAGCCCUACAAAAGCGUUUCUCUGGCUACGAUCUUGA